CCAAAUCACCUUAAUAAAAACACAGCUACAAGACCAAUUUGGACCAUCUGGUUCCAAAUCAUUUAGGUUAGAAACUCUGUGUUAGUGGGAGCGUUAGGGAAGGCUGUUCGACAUCGAAGGUGCGGUGGUAGUGGCAACUCAAAAUACUCUGUCAACUUUGACUCCUGCCGUGCCAGUGUCAAACGAUACAUUGCUCCGAACAAAGCCGUGGACUUCAUCCAUUACAGUUUGUGUUUUGUUAUCAAUUGUUAUUGACUUGAACUUGUUCGAAGACUCGGUCAAUCAGUGAUCAUGGCUGUGAACAGAACGAAGGUGGCUAUUGGGUUUUUAGUCGCAGGGAUUCUGACGGUGGUUUUUGGGACUGUUCUUGUAUUUGUUGGACCAGUAAUUAUUGACGACCAAAUUGUAAAGAAUACAGUGAUUGACCCGAGUAAUGAAAUGACAUACACGAUGUGGAAAGAUGUCCCGGUUCCCUUCUACAUGUCUGUUUAUUUCUUCAACGUUCUCAACCCUAAAGAAAUCCUGUUGGGAGAGAAGCCCAUGGUGGAACAGAAAGGCCCCUACGUAUACAGGAAGCGUAUUCAGAAGCAAAACAUCACUUUCCACCCCAACGAGACAGUGUCGUAUCUGGAGUAUCGAUCCUAUUACUUUGAGCCCGACAUGUCUGCGGGGAAUGAGUCGGACGUGGUCACCAUACCCAACAUGUUAGUGUUGGGGGCAGCAGUCAUGAUGGAGAACAUGCCUUACGCUGUGCGCCUGAUGAUCAGCACCACCUUCAAGACCUUCGGCGAAGGGCCCUUCCUGUCCAAGCCGGUGGGUGAGCUGAUGUGGGGAUACGACAGCAAGCUGGUGGAUUUCCUCAACAAGUGGCUUCCGGGAAUGCUGCCUUCCAGCGGCAAGUUCGGCCUGUUCUCUGAGUUUAACAACUCCAACACGGGUCUGUUCACCAUUCACACUGGCAGAGAUGACAUAAGGAAGGUCCAUAAAGUGGAUUCAUGGAAUGGUUUAACAACGCUGCCGUACUGGAAGACCCCUCAGUGUAACAUGAUCAACGGCACAGCAGGACAGAUGUGGCCUCCUUUCAUGACCCCAGAGUCCACCCUCCCCUUCUACAGUCCUGACGCAUGCAGGUCCAUGGAGUUGGUGUACCAGCGUCCUGGGGUUAUGAAGGGGAUCCCCCUGUAUCGCUUUGUGGCCCCCACAACCCUGUUUGCCAACGGAAGCGAUUAUGCUCCCAACGCAGGCUUCUGUCCCUGCCGGCAGUCUGGCAUCCUCAACGUCAGCAGCUGCAGACAAAACUCUCCGGUGUUCAUCUCCCAUCCUCACUUCUUCAACGCUGACCCUGUCCUGCUGAGCUACGUCCAGGGCCUCCACCCUACAGAGGAGGAGCAUGGCCUCUUCAUAGACAUCCACCCUGAGACGGGCGUCCCUCUGAAAGUGUCCAUCCGACUGCAGCUCAACUUGUUUAUGAAGACUGUAUCAGGAAUCACGGAGACGGGGAAGAUCUCCGAUGUGGUGAUGCCCAUGAUCUGGUUUGAGGAGAGUGGAUACAUCGAUGGUCCCAUCCUGGACACGUUCCACACUAACCUGGUGGUGUUACCAGCAGUAAUGGAGUACAUGCAGUACAUCUUCAUCGCCCUGGGCCUGGUGACUGUCCUCGGAGCUAUACUGCUGGGACUUGGACACAAGACCGUUAAGUCGGCAGCAAUCGAAUCUACAGUUAUACAGAACCCUGGGGCAACCGAUAAAGACACUGUAAAUUCCAAAGGCGCCCAUGAAACACAGAAGGACAAAUUUAUCAUGAAAGACACAGGUGGGUAUCAAAGCAUGUGAGACACUCCUGGAUGCCAGUGUAGACACUUCACCCAGCGAAAAGACCCCUCUCCUACAGGGUGGGGUGGACUGAGACCAACGCCACGCUCGUACACGCCCACACGCAUGAAAACAAAGAUGGUGCCUUUUUACAAAAGGGACUUCAACUCGUACCACUGAAACAUUCUUCCUGACCUCAUACACACCACCCACCUGGGUCUGUUCUUCUAGAUUUGAGGUUGGAGGAUGUCGGACUCCUUCCUACUUGUGUAUAGAAAGCAAUGGAACUUCAGACUGAGAACACGGAACUGUAUUCCAAGGGUAGUGGUUCUAGCUUGGGAACACUGUUCUGCUCCGAACUAGUCGGAAUCUACCAGCUGGUGUCCAACUAGCCAAUGAGGAGCCACUUGCAUAUUAUGUCACUGAGGGGAUGGAAUAUUCUAGUGGUUUGUGGGAGGUUUGGCACUUUUGAAUGGUUUUCUAUUGGGUUAGCCACACAGAGAAAUGUUUAAUGUUUGUUGUAAUUUUAAUUAGUGUUGGUUUGGGGUUUUGGUUGCAAUCAGACCAAGUAUUGAGUUGCCGGAUAUUUAUGCAGUGUUCAAAAUAAUGUUUAAUCAGAAAAAGGACUGUAUUUCUGCCAUAGUUUAAUAUUGGGAUUUUGUACUAGUCCACCUAUGUGCCUUUACAAUGGAGUUAUGGUCAAAUGCAUCUCAGACCUUCAUCUGCCUGGUAUACAGUAGUGAUGCAUGUUCCCUGCUAGUCAUUUUUAUACCAUCAUUUCUAGAACACACUGAAUCCAUGCAGAUCUGGUGUAAACUAAGUAUGAGGGAAUUUUUUGUAUCUUUGACCAGUGUAAUUUUCAUAGACGCACUACAUUUAAAUGUGUUUUACAAGGGGCAAGUGUCUUGCAGGCAUUUCUGGCGUUUCUGACAACUGAUCUGAGAUAUGAAUGUAAUGCGAUACGUCCACAUGAUUAAAGUUUAAGAUGAUUAAUAAAAAUCUUUGUAAAUACA